UUAAAAAUAAUUUAAAAAUUCGUGUUGAUGUUUCCAAUAUUCAUCAUUCUCAUACAUCAUGUGACUCUGUCUCCUCUUUUCAAGAUCUCAUUUCCCUUCUUCACUUCCUGCAAAUUUCUCUUCAAAAUCUUCAUUCACAUAAGUAUUCAUGUAAGUGUUCUUUUCAGAAAAAAUCCAAUACAUAAUAUUAGAACUAACGUAUACUUGAUAGCCGUGCAGAGACAUCAGAUAUAGACGCCAGGUAAAAUUCUCGCCCAACAGGCUAAUUGAAAAAGAAAUAUUGUAACUAACUAUACUAAGGCUUCUGUGAAACUGUGACACGUGUCAUAUAUCAAGAUUUUUAUAUAAUAUGAAUAUGAAUUUCAUUUCAUAUGAGUUUGGUUUCAUUAAAUUAUAUGUGUUGUAAUUAGGUAUGCUUUUCUGUCAAUUUUCUGUUAACUGGUUGGUGGCUGAAAAUUUAAUUUUCAACUUUAUUAAGUGUAACAGAUCAAGUAGUUCAGAUUCACUGUUUCAAAAUUUAUGGUGGAAAUAGAAACCUUUUGUAGCUAAAUUAAGUUUCUGACAAAGAUACAAAGAUGGAGAAAAGGAAGAAUAUUGUGCAGUAUAGGGAGAGAUUGGAUAAGACUCUUACCUCAUUUGAUCUUACAGAUGAGCAGAAACUUAAAUCGCUUGUCGAUAGGCAAGUUCGUCGUGAUUCGCAAUUAGAGAUCGAAUUGGAAGGUUAUGCGGAGAAGCUGGAAAUUAAGACUUCUGAGUUAUCGAAUUUUCUUGAUAUGAUGAGAAGUGCUUCUGCAGAUGAGAAUGGAGGAUCUAGUACAUCCGGCACUGAUUGGAAAUUGAAACAAGAUAACGAGGAAUUCCGCGUUAUGUACCGCGUAGGACCAGAGGGAACUCCCUAUCAUACAUUGCUGGUUGAAGGCUAUGUAGAAGGACCUGUUGAUGUUUCUCUAUGCCUUUCAUGGGAAUCAGCCCUUUAUAAGAAAUGGUGGCCUCAGUUUACGAUUCCGACUUUCAAAGUUACUGCAUCUGAUCGUUUGCAAAAGGUUCAAACUGGUGAACAAAUUGCGCUAGUAAGGAUGAAGCCCCCAUGGCCACUGUCUGCAAGGGAGGCUAUAGUUCAUUACUAUCUCUUUGAGUACUUUCAAGAUGACUUGAUAGUUGUUCUUUUGAAAUCGGUCACGGAGUCAGAGAAAGUUAAUGAGACUAUUGAUGGUUUCAACAAUGAUGUGAUUCCAGAAGCAAAUGGUGUUGUGAGAAUUGAUGUGGUGGGAGGUUAUGUUUUACAAAAAGUGACUUCUGAAAGAAGUUAUUUUCGGACGAUAGCAAAUUUGGAUAUCAAGGUGGAUUUUAUGCCUCCUUCUCUUGUAAAUUUCAUUUCAAGGCAACUUAUCGGCAGCGGUUUCAGACUUUAUCAGAAGGCUGUGGCCUCUAUGAUGAACAAUGACAAAGACUUCAGCAAGGCCUUGACAGAUUCGUUGUAUGUUAGAAUUCGCGAAGCUCUAUAUAGUAGUAACCCUGAAUCAAAUGCUAUGGGCGAGGAGGAGCUUAAGCAAGUUGCAAGCGUUCUUCCUGCUGAAGAGCUUAUUCAAAGUAAGCAAGAUAGCGAAAAAGAUAUAUCUCGGGAGGAUAGAAGAAGCAACCAAAAUGCAAAUAGUUACACCGGUGAGAUUUUAGAUGCUGGUUCUGAAGAGACAGUGCAAAGUGAGAAGGAUAUCAACAAAGUACAUGAAAUUCCAAUUGGGGAAGAUGGCUCGUCUUUUGUACUAAAGGGCAAUAAGAUUUCUGAGAUUGUCGACGCAGAUAGCGAAGAGAUUGUUGUAGAAGCAAAUAUUGAAGAGAUUGUACAAAUCGAAAACAAUAUGAAUAAAGAACAUGAGAUUUCAAUUGAGGAUGAUGAUUCAAGAGAUGUACAGAAAAGAAAAAACAAUGUUUAUAUUAAUUCAAAUGUAAAACAGGCUUUAGAAACAUUAGAAAGGGCGAUUUCAGCUGUUCGGAAAUACGGAUUUCAUUCGCGCAGAUUCUCUUUUACCUUUGCUAAUGAAGCGUCCGCCUGCAAAGAAAAGGGCGAUGAAGUUGAUCAAUAUUCUGCAAAACUUUUUCAACCAUCUGCGAAAAAUGAUACCAGUAUACUAUGCGAAAGCUCAGAUGACCUCUACGAAAUCCAAAACAUCAGGCACACCGGAACAGGUCCUAACUUAAAGGAAGUAAAUUAUAACAAAGUAGUACUGGCUUUACCGAAUCAAAAUCUUUUGAGACCAAUCGAAGCAAGUCAGGUUGAUUCAUAUUCUUUGAAAACUGAGACAACACUGGACCAGAUUUUAUGCGAUAACAAGGAAUAUACAGGACCAGAUAUGUCUUCAGAUGAUCCAAUAAAAUCAAGCAGGCAGAAAAAAAUAAACAACCUUGUAACUCAAGGUAUCUCUUCAGAUGUACCUAAACAGUUAAAAAAGAGGAAAAAUUAUAGAUACUGUUGUUUUUUGCAUUAGUACUGAAGAUUUUUGGGUACUUAAAAGUUUCUUGCUAACUUGCAACCCAAGAAAGACUCAGCAAUUUUUACAUCCUUUAUAUAAUAGUCAUAUAUGUAUGUUGGAUUAGUGUUGGUAA